AUGUUCGCAGCGGCCGUUGCCACCACGCACGCCGUGGGAGCUGUGACUGAUAACAAAGUCAUACGGAAGCGUCUCCUCACUGAUGGAGAUGGCACUGGAGAUGAUGGGAAAAUUAAUCUGCCAGCGAAAAGUUUCAUUAAAUGGUACAACUCUGGAUCCCAGGAAGAGGGAUACAGCCAGUACCAAUGUAUGCUGAGCACACUGUCCCAAUGUGAAUUUUCAAUGGGCAAAAGUUUGCUGGUAUAUGAUAUGAACCUCAGAGAAAUGGAAAAUUAUGAAAAAAUUUACAAAGAAAUAGAAGGUAGCAUUGCUGGAGCACAUGAAAAAAUCACUGCGUGCAAAAAGCAAAUUCUUCAAGCAAAACGAAUACGAAAAGAUAGCCAAGAAUAUGAUGCAUUGGCAAAAGUGAUUCUGCGUCGUCCAGACAGGCGUGAGACAUUAAAGGAACUACAGGCUGUGGGAAAGGAAUUAGAGCAUCUUUCACAUAUUAAAGGAAGUAUUGAAGAUAAGCUGCAAUUGAGAAGGAAACAGUUUCACGUUCUUCUCAGCACCAUCCAUGAACUUCAACAAACACUGGAAAAUGAUGAAAAGCUCUCAGAGGUAGAAGAAGCUCAAGAAACAAGCACGGAAACCAAUCCUAAACCACAGACCAACUAA